GGAAUUUAUGUAUAAAACCCAAUUAAGAAUAACUUACGAGUGACCCAACUCGUUUACACCCGUCCCCGGAUUAUCCAUUUUACCAAAAAUAGACAAAAUAAUUUGGGCCCUGUCCUUCUAAAUCACCCGACCCGAUCCAUCUUUCCUUAAUAGAUCCGCGUCGUCUUCACCUGGAAAUACAGAUAAACUAUUAUUAUUAGGGUUUGCAAACCUUAUUACAGAACAAACUUAUUCAGGCUAUUCGAGAUAAGCUAUUAUUAUUAGGGUUUGCCAACAUUAUAAUUAUAGAAUAAACUACUCAGGCAAUUCAAUUCGAGAGAGAUGGCAAGCAAUAACACCAUCUUCAAUACUCUAUUCGGCGACGCCGAUCAAAACUCAGCCGCCAUUUCCUCAGCACUGUUCUCCGAUAACAACCCUUUCAAAAGAAAAUCUGAAGAACCCCAUGAUUCAAUACCUCAAGAACCAGAAGUAAAAGUUACAAAAUCCAAUCAGAAACCCAAGAAAUUAAAACCCCAGAAAGCUGACCCAAUUGAGGAAUUAAGCAAUGGCAAGAAAAAGAAGAAGAAGAGGAAAAGAGACGAUGUUGAGGGCGAUUACGAGGCGAAAAAAUACGGUUCUGUACCAGAAUUAGCAGAUGGGAAUAAUAAUGUUGUUCACCCUCCUCCUGUUGUUGGGGAGAAGAGGAAAAAGGCGGAAAAUGUCGAAGAAGAUUUGUUGGUUUCGAAAGACGCGGAGGGUUUUGAUGAUGAAAGUAAGCUGUUGAGAACGGUGUUUGUUGGUAAUUUGCCUCUGAAAUUGAAGAAGAAGGCUUUAAUGAAAGAGUUCACCCAAUUUGGGGAGAUUGAGUCUGUCAGGAUUCGCUCCGUGCCCAUUAUGGAUACUAAGAUACCGCGAAAAGGGGCUGUUAUACUGAAGAAAAUCAAUGAUUCUGCUGAUAGUGUACAUGCUUACAUCGUUUUCAAUACAGAGCAAUCCGCUGAAGCUGCUCUAGUCCAUAAUAUGUCUGUGGUCGGAGGAAAUCACAUUCGCGUUGACAGGGCCUGUCCACCUCGCAAGAAGUUGAAGGGUGAUUCUAUUCCACUCUACGACAGCAAAAGAACCAUUUUUGUUGGUAACCUCCCAUUCGAUGUCAAGGAUGAAGAAAUUUAUCAGCUUUUCUGUAGUAUCAAAGAUCUCAAUGGUAGCAUUGAAGCUGUUCGAGUUAUUAGAGAUACUCAUCUAGGACUUGGAAAGGGUAUUGCCUAUGUAUUACUUAAAACAAGGGAAGCUGCAAAUUUGGUUUUGAGAAAGAAAAACUUGAAGAUUAGAGAGCGAGAGCUGAGGUUAUCUUAUGCCAAGAAAGAUUCUACUUCUACACCAUUGAAAAGAAAACACGCUUUUUCUGCGGAGAAAGCUGGAAUGCCAAACAAGAAAUCGUCAAUGGAAUCUAGGACUCCUGACCGUAAAAAUUGGUCAAAUUCAAAGGCUUCUCUUUCCUACCAGGGUUUACGCGCUAGCAAAUCUGGUUCAGAGAAGAAACUCUAUCCAAAGAACAGCGGGGCUGGCAAGAGAAAAUUGAACGGUCAGACAGGAGAAAAGCAGCGUCAGGAAAAGAGACCAGCUGUUGCUGCAAGAAAUGCAAAAGCUAAAGCAAGAGAUGGAAGUGCCGUAAAACAUGGGCAUAAGCGCAAGAUGGAUGGUCGGACUCCAGGGAGUUCCAACAUGGAGAAGAAGACCAAAAGAUUUAGAAAGUAAAACACCCAAAUGAGACUUUGUACUAUGUUAUUUACGCAAUUUUCAAGUCAUCAGCUCAUGAAAUCUAGCUUUGAUAAAUCUUUGUACAACUAUUAUUUAUUGGCUAAUUUAUUGAUUUAUAGAAGAGGGUAGUCUUAAAGGUAA